GUGCGCCUCACAGGGGGCGAGCCGACCAUCCGCGGGGACUUCGCCCGCAUCCUGGAGGGCCUUGGCGAGAUCAGCGCGGCUUCGCCGGCGCCGCUGGAGCUCGGGCUCACCACCAACGGCGUGCGUCUGAAGAAGUUCCUGCCGCACCUCCGCGCGGCUGGUCUGCGCGGCAUCAAUCUCAGCGUGGACACCCUGGCGGCGGCCAAGUUCCCGCUGCUGGCCAGGCGCCCGCUCGACUGGCACGCGCGGGUCAUGGAGGCGAUGCGGGACGUGAUGGCUCAGGAGGAUCACUUCAGGCUAAAGCUGAACUGCGUGCUGCUCCGAGGCGUCAACGAGGACGAGAUCGGCGGCUUCGUGAACCUCACGGAGCAGCACCCCGUGGAGGUGCGCUUCCUGGAGUUCAUGCCGUUCACGAGGAACGGCUGGAGCGCCAACCGGCUCGUGCCGCAGGCUGAGAUCGUGUCCGCCGUCAAGCGGCACCUCGAGCGCUCCGGCCGCGGCGAGCUCGACGGUUGCCCCCCGACCGCCUGGACGACGUGGCGCGGCUGUGGAAGGCGCGCUUGCGCGCGCUUGCGGUGA